AUGGCCCUUUUACAAUCUUCCACCCUGCCUCCUGCACAGCCAGCCUAUGUGCUCAGAGGUCAUAAUGCACAGAUUCACAGCGUUUGCUUUGUGCGCCAUAACACCCGCCUCCUGACUGGUGAUGCCGAGGGCUGGCUCGUCCUAUGGAACCUUGCUACCAAGCGACCUGUCGCUGUAUGGAGGGGUCACUCUGCUGCUGUUCUAGCCUUGUCUACAUGGCCAGACGAUAGGCUGAUUACACAUGGGAGAGACGGUAAGUUGCGUGUUUGGCAACUUAAGCAUUCUGACGAGCCUACCUUCUCUGUUGUUCUACCCAUAGAAGAUUCCGUUACGCCUCGCCACGAGCCAUGGCUACUGCAUACCAUAUCAGUGAAUACCCUUAAUUUCUGUGCAUUUUCCGCCUGCAAAGCCUCUCCAUCAGAAGCUGCACAACUAUUCCCUGAAGCCAAUGACACUGCCCUCCUCGUAGCUGUGCCAGGAGAUCGCGAAGGCGACAUUGACGUUUAUUCGUUACCUUCAAAAUUGAGACUCACCACCGUCUGUGCACCCAAGACCGUCAAAUUAGGUAUGGCUAUGUGUGUCAAAAUCAUGAUUCACACCAGCAAGCUCGUCUUGAUAGCAGGUUAUGAAGGCGGUGACUGCUGUGUAUGGCGGUUUGAUCAGGGUACAUGGACCUUGCUCUCCUCCACUAAGAGCCAUAGUCAGCCGAUAUUGUCGCUAGACGCUGCGAAGUCUCUCGACAGAUACUACACAUCUGCUGCAGACGCUACUAUAGCUAGCUACUCCCUCGCAGACCUCACCGCAUGCCGGCCUGUGAAGGCGAUGGAAACGAAACACUCCGGUCAGCAGGCUCUGCAUGUCAGAUCUGACGAUAGGAUCUUUGCUACGGCCGGAUGGGACGGGUGUGUGCGUGUCUAUUCGGCUAAGACGCUGCGUGAACUUGCUGUGCUCAAAUGGCACAAGCAAGGCUGCUACGCUCUCGCGUUCGCAGACCUGUUUCCAGAAGAUGCCCAGACCCCGGUAGAUGACCGAGUGGGUAGCGAUCAGGAACAAGCCUCUACAACACUCCAGACAGUUGGUGAGAGACGCAAGACCAAAGCUCAAACGACACACUGGAUAGCUGCUGGAUCAAAAGACGGAAAGGUUUCGCUUUGGGAUAUCUAUUGA